UCUACGCUUUUAUAUUAUCACUAAUCACUCUUUGCCUCUUUGGUCAUUGCCAAGAUAAAUAAAGUUCGUUAGUCUUUUCUCGUUAAAGCUUACUAGCUUAGCCCGCCCAGCAUCUACAUUCUGUAGCUUAACCUUUAACUGCUUGGAGGUAUACUCAAUGUUAGUAUAGCUUUGUGAGUUUUUGAUUGAAUCUCCCACUAUCGCAGCCAUAUAAUUAACCGAUAACGUGUGAAUGUGUGAUUUUUGAAUUUUUCUGUCCGCUGACAUUGUAUUAUAAUAAUAUCACGAGUUUUUUGUAGGCUUUGGUUCGUUUACACCAAGACGAACAUAAACCUUACCAGUAAACUCAUUUUAUAUUUGUCUAACACUUCGACAAGAGUCGAAUCUUUGUCUCCAGACUCCCACACUUUCUUCCUUUCUGACCUAUAAUUGUUUUCUUUUUUUUAUGGCUUUUGCAUAGUAACUAAAAUUGUAUUCUACUACUGGAAUUUAGUGAAGAUAAAUAUGGCUCCCAAGAAAUCUGCAUAUUUCAUUUUCUUAGCUUGUCAUAGAGAUGAUGAAAUUAAGAAAGGAAAAAAACCAUCCAACUACCAAGAAUUAAAUUUUAAAUUAUCACCCAUAUGGAAUAAUAUGACUAAAGAUGAAAAAAAUAAAUAUAAAGCUCUUGCUCAUAAAUAUAAUUCAAAUAAUUCAAAUUUUAAUGAAGAACAGCCAUUGAAUUAUAUUAGUGAUGUACAAAAAAAUAGUCGUGAUUUUUGGAAUAUGCCGAAACAAAUAACUAACAUGUUUAAUUACAUAUCUAACGUUCAAGAGUUAUUAAAUAAAAAAUUUAUUUUAUUACACAUAAAUUGUCAUUCUCAUGAUGGAGAACAGUAUUAUUUUCCUGCUGAAAUAGCAGCACUAGAAUUUAAUUUAAAAGAUGGGCUUUCUCGCACUUAUCAUCAAAUUAUUGGUAUUUCUAAAAUAUAUCCAAAAGGUUAUGCUGGAGGUAUGAGAGUAUUUUCUGAUAAAUUUCAUCAAAUUAAUUGUUGGGAUGAACAUCCGGAUGAUUAUCGAAAUAUAUUUUUUGAAUUUUCAACAUUUCUUAAGGAUGGAAUAAUCAAUAGUACAGAUUUAAAAGAAGGUACUCUGGAGUUACCAUAUUUAUAUACUGUACAGUCAGAAAUUGGUGUAAAUAUGAUGAAAGCUAAAAAUAGCUUGGAAAGACUAUACUCCACAGCUUUUCCAGAAGUUGAUGCUGAACGUUGUAAGUCUAUAUUCAAAAUAGGAAAUGCUGAGCAAUUAUUGUUAGAAAUAAAAAAAAAAAUGAAUCUACAUUUGGAUGUAGAAAAAAAUUUAAGUUCAAGAAAUUCAGUUUGUAACAUUUUAGAAUCUGAUUUUUAUGGACAAGGACUCGGUUGUAUGUACCAUGAAUUAAGAGAUAUUUCAUUCAAAUGUUCCAAAGCCCGCAUUAUUCAGUGGAUGUCAAAUAUUUGUAUUCACAUAAAUACGUUUACUAAUUUAAACCUUGUACCUGGAAAACACAUGGCAGCUCAAUUAAAUGAUGGUUCAAAAUUGAUAAUUGAAAAUGCUCAUUUGCCUCUCUCAGCAGCAGAUCUAAAAUUAAACAAAAAUGCUUCUUAUGAUGAUAUAUUGCCUAACUCUAUCAUAUCAUCACAAACACAAAAUUGGGAAAAUACAUAAUGGGUCUUGUUGCCAUUUAUCAUUUAUAUAAUCUUCCAUUCUACAGUAUAGCAUAUACAGGAUGAUUAUUUUAUAAAAUAACAGUCAUUAUUUUAAUAAAUUAAUACUUUUUAAAAAAAAUUUUAAUAGAUACAAUUUUAUA